AUCGGCUUGCUUUGGUUGUUCUGUUUGCACCAAUCGUGGAGUCGUUAUUCUUCUGCAGCUGUACAUCCAACAGAAAAGCUUGCUUUCAUUCUCGCCCAUGAUGGUCCAGGAAUUACUGUCUCAGCCAUCAUCGUUGUGGCCACUACAAUGCUCGGAGCUGCCAUAGCACCUCAACGUCAUAUGGAAUCGACAAUGGUAGCGAUGUCGGCUGCUGUAGCCAUUUUAUUCAUAUUUUUGAUUAUGUUUGUUGCUGUUUUUGUGUACAUUGGCGGUCGGCGAGAAGCAAAAGGAGUGAAAUGGUAUCAGUGUUUCACCACCGGCGACACCCAUUUCACCGCACCGAAUCUGAGUGACUUUGAUUCGUCGGCGUUGUUUACACUUCACGAUCGUCUAAUCGAUACGCGCCCAAGUGUGGCACGGGCUCUCGGUGAUCGAUUGGUUGCACGUAAUUCGCGUUAUCCAAUCGUAAUCGUGUGCACUAUUGUGCUGAUUUUCGCCAUCUGGGGUUGUAUCAAUAUGAAAAUCGACUUGCGUGAAGAGCAUUUCUUACCGUCGGCUGCCCCCGCACGUUCUUUCUUGGAGGAAUACAGAGAGAUGUUUGGCAAGACAACGCAAUUCGUUGAGAUUGUUAUCGAUGAACCAGUAGAAUACGACAAUGAUGAGGUUCGAGAUUCAAUAUUGGAACUAAUGGAUAGUGCAGUGGCUGCUGGUUAUGCAUCACGAGCGAUCAGUUGGUUAGCGGAGUUCGUCAAGUUUGAGAAGAACACGAUUUACGACAUUAACGCUGACACGUUUGUGCCAGUGGUGAAUCUCGUGUUUCUCGAGACCGACCCAUACAAACGCUUUGCAUCGGACAUCACUUUUGAUCGCCAUCAAACACAAAUCACACGAUCACGAAUGUACCUCGAACUUACCCAAAAAGGAGUCGAUGAGAGAGUGACAUUGGUGCAAUCGUUAAUCACCAAAUCGCGUGACUACCAUUUACCCGUCUCCAUUCGAGCUCCAUUCACCAUGUCACUCAAACACGAUGUUUCCGUGCUUUCGUCUGGUCUGUUCGUUUUCGGUAUAUCGUUGGUGUGCCUUUUUGUGCUGUCAAUUGUACUUCUUGGCCAGCCAGCUCUCACGUGUGUUCUUGUAUUCACGUCUGUUGCAGUUUUCGUUGAGACAAUCGGCUAUUCUACUCAUUGGGGCGUGCCGAUGAACGUGCUUACAGUCACUAUGGCAAUAUCAGCUAAUAUGCUCACUUCCGUAGUGGUGAUGGCUUUCUGCUAUAGCUAUUCCGUGUCCGGAAAACAACAAAUGAGAGCUGGAGUCCGGAUACAGUACUCAUUCCAGGCCACAUUCCUUCCGGUGGUGUUCGCAUGUCUCGUCCCGGUCAUUACCUACUUGCCUUUGUUCGCCGUUGAUGCACCAAUCGUCAGUCACCUUUUCAAGGUUCUCUUGGUGAAUUCCAUCGCCACACUUCUACAUUACCUGUUCUUCUUGCCCAAUCUAUGUCUACUGUUCUCCACUCAUCUACCAACAUGUUCAUCAGUAAGCUGUGCUGAAUGCUGUUGUGAUUUUGAUGACGAGAGCUCGAUAUAUUACAUUCCAACCACCGCUCGUGCAGUUCAUCCUGAAGGUGUCUAUCAGCACACGUCAUACACAUACUCGGUACCGCAAUCUAUUGUCACCGGUGGUCCACCGAACUAUCUGGCCAUUGCGGGACCUCCUCCCGCGCCUUCUUAUGCUGGUGAUCUUCUGCAACGCCAUCUGAAACCCCUCGGCAGAAUAGGAAUUCACGAAAGGGAUCUCGGGACGAUUCGAUUUAUGAAGCUCCGCCUAGUCCGCGAGUCGCCUCCGGUACCUCACCUCAGCCCCAGCGAUCCCGACAAUCAUCCCAGCACCAUAACCAUCAUCAUCAACAUCAUGGGCCAUACUUCCAAGAUCCGACCUUCAACAUGCAUCAACAACGUUGGCGGCCGUUUGUCCAUCCACAGCCUUAUUCUUACUAUCCACCCAAUGGUUAUCGUCGAUAGGCUGUUGAAAGUAAUGUGCUCAUUCUACGUUAGUGCCUAA